AUGGCUUUCAUGCGCUCGUCGUCCUCAUCCAUGGCUCUGGCUCUGCUGCCGCUACUGGUGGCAGCCGCAUUUUUCAUCCCCUCCAUGGCUUCAUCAGCUUCAGGUACCCUCGAUCAUGGCUUGGAUGGCGAGGCACUGCUGAUGCUGGGGAGGUUCCAUGGGUGGAUGGCGGCGCACGGUCGGUCGUACGCCACCGUGGAGGAGAAGCUGCGCCGGUUCGAGGUGUACCGGAGCAACAUGGGAGUCGGAGGAGACGACGGUGAUCACAACUCGCGCUGGCCCCGUCCACGAGGGCACCGCCGCCGUCGAAGAGCCACCUCGCGUCGUACCAACCUCAACCUGACGGCGGCGGUGCCUCCGAGCGUCGAUUGGAGGGAGAAAGGCGUCGUCACAGCAGCCAAGUAUCAAGGGGAUUCCUGUUCGUCUUGCUGGGCGUUCAUGUCGGUGGCGACGAUGGAGAGCGCGCAUGCGAUCAGCACCGGUGGAUCGCCGCCGGUGCUGUCGGAGCAGCAGCUGGUGGACUGUCGGAUUAACGGCUGCGGCAACAGUUGGAUGGACAAGGCCUUCGAGUGGGUGAUUCAGAACGGUGGCAUCACCACGGAGGCGGCCUACCCCUACACCGGCAAGGUGGGCACGUGCCAAAGGGCCAAGCCGGUCGCGGUCAGGCUCAGAGGCUACAAGAAGGUUACACCGUCUGGCAACGAGGCGGCACUGAUGGCGGCCGUGGCGCAGCAGCCCGUCGCCGCAUCCUUCGACUACAGUGACCCCUGCUUCCAGCACUACAUCCGCGGCGUGUACAACGCCGGUUGCUCCAGGUCCGGCGUCUACACCAAAGGGGCGUGCGGGACAACGCAGAACCACGCGCUGGCCCUCGUCGGGUACGGGACCAAGCCUGACGGGACCAAGUACUGGAUCGGCAAGAACUCGUGGACUGACCAGUGGGGCGACAAAGGCUUCGUCUAUUUCCUUAGGGACUCGCCACCCUUGGGCUUGUGCGGCAUUGCCAAGUACCCGCUUUACCCUAUCAUCUGA